CUGAACAUGCAACUCACUCCCAACGUCCCUCCGAUGCUAUGGAAAGCCUUUCUGCUUCUCCAGCUUCCGAGAUCUCUCUGGCAUUGACAACCCCCGAAGGCCUGGUCCAACUGCGAACUGCCCUAAACCCGAAAGACCAGGAUUACGAUAAGCUCCUCACCGCCUUCCGUGGCUUGUCUCUGGACGAGCGGCAAGGCAUUCAUAGUGCUUGCCAGCUGGUUGAGAUAGAGGAUCUGGCUAGAAAAGAAUUAGCCGCGAUUAGGCAGACUUUGGACACAUCUAUCAAGGCUUUCGAUCUCCAACCACAUCAUGAAAAACUGCUUCGUGAUCCCCACUCCGGCCGGAAUGGGACAGAAGUUACUCCAGACAUGUACUUCUUUAAAUACGCAGAUACAACAUCGAGAAUAAUCCUUCGACUGAUAUCGAAACACGCUUUGCCGCAAAUCAAGCGCCUGGCAGUCACGAAGCAAGCAGUCGAGAAACCCUCCACGCCGGGGCAAAAUGAGACACCUGGACAAGACCAAAGGUCCGGAGAAGGCGAGGAGAGAUCUCCGCUACUUGAUAAACUAAUCGAACGUUUCCAAAGUAUACCUGUGCAUCAUCAAAUCACCGAUUACGCCCAACGCUGGGACCAGAAUAGUGGGUUGUUGACGAAGGCUGAGAGGAAGCGGUCGCGAAAGGAAACCGAUGAGAAUGCCGCAUACAAACGACAAGUGACGGAAUCCUUGAAGCAGUAAACCUUAGCGCACCGUCUUAAACAUCACAACGAGAAGCAGAACUUCCAACUUCCAAGGAGAAUCUAUCCUCGAGCUGCAGGUAUCGCCGCGCCCGAUGAAGGCGAAAACGAUGCUGUUGGAGCAGUCUGGAGAGCCCCAGCCAACUAGAUCCCAGCCGCCUUGUCGCUUUUCGAGAGAACAUCGGUUCGGGUCCUGAGGGUAUUAGGGUAUUAGGGUUUUGUUUGGUUAAGUAAGGGGGCACCGGGAUCUUGCAAGUAAUCUUUUGAAGAGUUCAAGGUAGUCGAUGACGGUGAGAGAAUUGUUGUGAUAAGUGAGUUUCUGGCUCCGGGAGGCCCUCAAUGAAUAGACAAGACGUCUACUCGAAUAGAUGUCGCACCGUCCAAGUUAAUCAGAGUGCCUGCAAACUCUUCUUUCC